CGUGUAUUCGCGCAGUCAUAGCAGACACACACUGACACUGUCAGUGAGAACAGUCACCUGUGGAGCCGAGGAGGUCUGCUUUAUAUUCGGGGUUUUUUUUAGUUCGCCACAGCUGUUUGACGUCUGAGUUUGACCCGAAUCUUCAGAAUGACGGACACACUUUUACCAAACGGCAUUAAGGACGGCGGGGGAGACAGCAGCUACUUCAGAAAGGGCUGUAACCCGUUUGCCCAGACUGGAAGGAGCAAACUGCAGAACAAACGUGCAGGCCUGAACCAGCAGAUCAUCAAAGAGAUGAGGAUGAGGGCCGGAGCCGAGAACCUGCUGAAAGCCUCAUCCAACAACAAGGUUAAAGAAAUGGUUAUGUUGGAGUUGAGCUACGUGAACGCCAACCUACAGCUACUGACGGGACAGCUGGAAGCACUGAACAGCUCGGUGGAUGUUUACCAGAACACCCACGAAACUGCCAACAUUCCACUCAUUGCUCUGGGUUUGAAGGAAACAAAAGAAGUCGACUUCUCCACCCCUUUUAAGGACUUCAUCUUGGAGCACUACAGUGAAGAUGGCAACAGUUAUGAGGAUGAGAUUGCUGACAUGAUGGACCUGAGACAGGCUUGUCGAACGCCAAGUCGAAAUGAGGAAGGAGUGGAGCUCUUGGCGAAAUACUUCAGUCAUCUUCCUCUGAUAGAAAGCAGAUUCUUCUCUCCGAAUCAUCAGCCUGGGAUCUUCUUCACCUGGUAUGACUCAUUCACUGGAGUACCAGUGUGCCAACAGAACCUGUCACUGGAGAAGGCCAGCAUCCUCUUCAACAUGGCUGCUCUGUACUCUCAAGUCGGUACUCGUAGUAACAGACAGACCAUAGGGGGCCUGGAAGAAGCCAUUUCCUCCUUCCAGAAAGCUGCAGGCAUCCUGAACCACCUGAAGGAGACAUUCACUCACACCCCCAGCUACGACAUGAGUCCAGCCAUGGUCAGUAUGCUGAUCAGGAUGAUGCUGGCUCAGGCUCAGGAGUGUCUGUUUGAGAAGACUGCUCUGCCAGGGAUCCGCAACCAGUUCCAGUCUCUGAUGAAAGUGGCUCAAGAGGCUUCAAAAGUCUCAGAAACCUAUGACCAAGUCCAUCAGUCCAUGAUCCAGACACCAAUCAAAGACAAUGUGCCCUUGUUCUGGUCAACAAUGGCUCAAGUCAAAACCAACCACUAUCGCUCGAUGGCACACUACUUUGUCGCCUCAGCUCUUCUGGACCACCAGUUGAGUCCCAAUGAUGACGAAGACCAGCAGGAAAAGACUCUGUCACAGGUCUAUGAUUGCCUUCCAGAGGGACAGUCCCCUCUGGACAUCCUAAAGAGGAGAGAAGAGAGAAGCCGACUCGGUAAAGCGCACAUCCGACGGGCCAUCCUGGGUCAUGAAGAGGCUCUAAGGAUUUAUAGUCUGUGCCACCACCUGAACAAGCUGGAGAUCCUGGAGGACAUUUUAAAAGCCAGUCACCAGCGCUCACUCAACAAGUCCAGCGAAAACGAAAACGAGGAUGAAUUCACUGAUUACAUCGAGGCGCCCGACAUCAUCCCUAAGACAGAGCACAAAGCUGAGAUGGCGGUGCCUGCAACCACAAAGGUGAAAGUCAGCGACUUUUUCCAGAGGCUGGGGCCCUUGUCAUUCUUUAACGCCAAGCAGCGGUGGACAGCCCCACGGAUCAUCACACUCCGUCCUGAAGACAGAGACCACGGUUUUACCCUCAAAGGAGAGUCACCAGUCCAGGUGGUGUCUCUGGACCCCCUCUGCCCAGCUGCUGCCGAGGGACUAAAAGAGGGAGACUUCAUUAUUACUGUCGGUGACACAGACUGCAAGUGGUUUACUGUGAGUGAGGUGAUGCGGUUGCUGAAGGACGUGGAUGAAGAAAUGAUCGAUAUACAGGUUGUCAGCAUGAUGGAGAGCAACCCUCAGAUGCCCACCAAGAGCGCCACCUUCUGCGGAAACAUACCCAAGACCUACUCAAUGAUUUGCUUGGCUUAUGACGAUGAAGACAAGAACGCCAAGUCUCGCAAAGUCACCAAGAAGUCAUCCUUUCUAAGUUGGGGUCUGAAGAACAAACUGAAGAGUGCCAGCACCCUGAGCCUUCCUACGUCGGACCACUCCAACAGCCAACCCUGGAACAAACCCUGCCCCACCUUCCCCAGCUCCAGCUCCUACAACAACGACAGUUCUUUGUACUGAACUGUGGCCACAGACUCUGUACUGUCCGCGGCGUUGUUGAGUUCUGCUCACGGAGCCUCAGUGAAGUACUGUGCUGUAGCCAAACUGGAGCUGCUGUGGUACACGGUCGGUGCCUGGUGGUGCUCCCACCCGUGUACCGAGCGGCAGAGUGAAUAGGUUUUUAUGUGACAGUGUCACGUGACCGCCGGAUGGUUCCAAAGUUACUGUAAACAGUACAGGUGCAUACGUUAGCACACAUGUUAGCUCUUCCAGCUAAGUCCUGUGUCUGAGCUAAACUUGACUUUCUGAACCAGGCGUGUUGUGUCCCAGCCCAGUCUGUGUACAGCACAGUAUGAUUUUAUCAUGAAAACAAACAACAUUCCAGGCUGCAGUUGAACAGAGUGUGGCACUUAGAUUUCUAAGUUAAACUCUCAUCUCAAAAAAAAAAAAAAAAUAUGAAUUGAAGGACCAAAAAUGAAAAUUCAGCACAGCUAUCGUCACUUUAAACUGCUGGAUGUGCUGAUGUAGCUGUGCACUGUGUAGUUAUAGGCCUGUGUGUAUCCUGAUUUAUGUUUCAUACUGUACGCGCCAUAGAUUUGUUGCAGUCGGUGGCUCUGUUGUUGGGAUUGAAGUACUAGAUAUUAGAUAUUGCCCAUUUUGCCGUACUUUUGACAAUGAUUGAGGGAAGAAUAUAUAUUUUGUCCACGUGUCUUUUGAUUCUUUUUAAAUGCAACGUCCUAUAAGCAGCUCUCUUUCUUUUUUUUUUACUUGUGAUACAACCUUUCAGGAUUGUUGUUUCUUUUGUUACAAUGUUAUUGUAAACCUUGGUAUUUUAGAUUGCUCAACAGACCAGUUGUGGCACAAAGGAACACGACUCCAUGACCCUGUUCAGUUUGUAAAACUAAUCCUCACUUAUCCUAACAUCGUUUGGCCCCGCUGGCAGUUUGUCUGUUCAUGAGAAGAGCAGCAUGACUAGCAUGAAUGCUAAUGUGAAUCUAACGUGCAGUACGUACGGUCGUUUUAACGUUUUAACUACAGAAGGGAAGAAUGAAAAAUGAUCAUAAUGAUGUUUUUCUUCAUCGUCUUGUCGUUCAGCAGUGACUUUGAUGAAAGUCAGUUUUCUUCUCCCCUGAUUUCACUACAUUCUUAAUACAUCCAGCAUUCAAAACUGACACUUUGAAGUGUUGGACAACUGUUUAUCUACAAAGUAGAUUUUUUAUUCACAUUUGAUAAUCAAAUUAUUUAUGUAAAUAAAAAAAAUCACAUAAAUAUAUAUAUAUAAAUGUAUUUACAUUCAAGUUGUAGGUGUCAAGAAGUAGUUUAUAAAUGGUCAGUUUGUGAAAGUUUGCACGUAAGGAUGUUGUUUCUUUGGAAUGUAUUUUAACCUUGAACUUCUGUUCUGAUACAAUGUGUCUUUGUCAAGAUCUUUUAUUUUUUAUCAUUUUAACAGUGACACUAAGGAGGCGCGACACUCCUUCCUUCCUCGUCUCUCUUUGCCCUGUGUUCUCUAUCAAGUGCCAGUUACACUAAAUUGUAAAGGAAAGUUUUGAGCAAAAAACAUGUGCAGUUGUAUCAGUACGUGCCAACUGAACGUGCCGACAGAAGCUGGCCAGAUCAAGUACAUUUUUACAUGAAGUUCAUAGUGUGUGUUGGUUCCUGAGGCCUCGUUGUACAGUUCCUCCCCGGGACAUUGAUACUUGUUUCAUCCGGGGCUUAAGAUGUGUAUAAUAUUUGGCCUCUCAUUCCCAAACUGCCCUCCGUGCUGUAAGAUGACUGUGGUGAAAGUGCUUUGUGUCGUACGUGUAAAGUCCAAUUGUCAAUAAAACUGGGGAAAAUCA